AUGCGCAAGUGGAUCUGUUGUACAUGUCAGAUACAAGACUCCAAUGAAGAGGAGCACUUGAAAAUUUCUCAGCAGCAGCAAUCCGAUGCGAAUCAUAAGGUUCCAAAACCAGGAGCUGUUGUGAAGCAUGAGGUGCAGAAGGAAGCUCUUCCCGUCCAGAACGGGGAUAAUUGGGAUGAUAGCAGCCAAUCAAAGGAGAAAGUUGAAGCUAAUUUGCUGAGCAAGUACGAGGCAACAAUGAGAAGGGAAAAGGCAUUGGCUUAUGCUUACUCUCAUCAGCAAAACUGGAAGAAAAAUUCUAAAUCUGGAAACCCAAUGUUCAUGGAUCCAAGCAAUCCUACAUGGGGUUGGAGCUGGUUAGAGAGAUGGAUGGCUGGUCGGCCAUUGGAAGAACCAAACAAUGACAAUGCCAUAUGUUUGUUGCAUACUUGCAUUUUAAGUUUCAGAGCUUCUGCUCAAGAUCCCAGAUACGUAUACCACAGCUGUCAGAAUACGACAACUUAUUCAAAGAACAGUCAUUCAUUCACCAAUCUCAGAACCCUUUUGUCUAUUCUCUCUUCUCCCAACGCCUCCUACGCCACUAGAUACCAGAACGCCACCGUCGGCGACCCUCCCGAGAGAGUCAUCGGACUUUUCUCUUGCGGUGGCGACGUCACGCCUGAACUUUGCCGUAGCUGUGUUGCCUUUGCCGUGAAAGACAUCUUAAAUCGGUGUCCCAAUGAGAAAGAGGUCAUGAUCUAUUACAAUCAGUGUACGCUCAGGUACACUUUCUUCAGAGUUUCGAUUCUCGAUCCCACUUACCUAUACCAUGUCUGUUCGAACACGACAACAUAUUCAAGAAACAGCGUGUACUCCACCAAUCUCAGAACUCUUUUGUCCACUUUCUCUUCCCCCUUCAACUCCUACCUCACUGGAUUCCGAAACGACACCGCCGGGCAAGCUCCUGACAGAGUCACCGGACUUUUCCUUUGCCGCGGAGACGUCUCGUCAGAAGUUUGCAGCAGCUGCGUUGCCUUUGCCGUCAACGACACGUUAUAUCUGUGUCCGAACCAGAGAGAGGUGACGCUCUAUUAUGACGAGUGUAUGCUCAGAUACUCUAACCGGAAUAUUCUCUCGACCCUUAACACUAAUGGAGGAUUUAGCAGGCCUAACCCCUGGAACAUUACAUUGAACCAAAUUGUGUUCAGAGAUGUGGUCUUGUCUACUAUGAACCAAGCAGCCAUCGAUGCAUCGAACAGUCCUCAGAAAUUCGCUACCCGAAAGGCCAACUUCACCGCGUUACAGACUAAUUUGUACGGGAUGGUUCAGUGCACUCAUGAUCUGACGAGCCAAGACUGUUUCCGCUGUCUAAAUCAGACCAUCAAUGAAUUGCCUUUUGACAGAAUGGGAGGAAGAAUUAUUGUGCCGAGCUGCGAUUCAAGAUACGAGCUUUACCAGUUUUACAACGAAUCCAACAUUGGAGCACCCCAACCUCAGCUCGAUUCAGCUCCUCCACCUCGACUAGAUUCACCGCCAAUUUCAAUUCCUUCACCACAGCCUGGAGAAGGCGGAAACUCCUCUGUCAUAGUCGUUGCUGUUGUUGUUCCAGUCAGUGUUAUUUUUCUGAUUCUCGUAGCUGUUUUCAGUUUCCGGGCUAAGAGAAAAUCGACAGCUUAUGAAACUGAACCACUAGCUGAUGGAGACGAUAUUACACCUGCAGGCUCACUUCAGUUUGAUUUUAAGGCAAUAGAAGCAGCAACUGAUAAGUUUUCACUUACUAACAAGCUUGGUCAAGGUGGAUUCGGCGAAGUCUACAAGGGAACUUUUCCUAGUGGAAUGCAAGUUGCGGUUAAGAGGCUAUCAAAGACAUCAGGACAAGGUGAAAGAGAGUUUGAAAACGAAGUUGUUGUUGUGGCAAAACUUCAGCACCGAAAUUUGGUCAGGCUGCUUGGGUUUUGUUUGGAAGGAGAAGAAAAAAUACUUGUAUAUGAGUUUGUGCCCAACAAAAGCCUUGAUUACUUCCUUUUUGACGCUACGAUGCAAAGCCAGCUAGACUGGAAAAAAAGAUACAAGAUUGUUGGAGGAAUCGCUAGAGGGAUUCUAUAUCUUCAUCAAGAUUCACGACUAACAAUCAUACAUCGUGACCUUAAAGCGGGUAACAUCCUCUUAGACGCGGAUAUGAAUCCAAAAGUUGCCGAUUUUGGCAUGGCGAGAAUUUUUGUAAUUGACCAAACAGAAGCCAAUACAAGAAGAGUAGUCGGAACCUAUGGGUACAUGUCUCCAGAGUAUGCAAUGUAUGGCCAAUUCUCCAUGAAAUCAGAUGUUUAUAGUUUUGGGGUUUUAGUUCUUGAGAUUAUAAGCGGCAAGAAGAACAGUAGCCUUUAUCAAAUGGAUGGGAGUGCUGGCAAUUUGGUUACAUACACUUGGAGAUUAUGGAACAAUGGAUCGCCGUUAGAGCUGGUGGAUCCGUCCUUUCAAGAUAACUAUCAAACAAACGAAAUUACCAGGUGUAUCCAUAUUGCUUUACUUUGUGUUCAAGAAGAAGCUGAAGAUCGUCCAACUAUGUCAGCCAUCGUCCAGAUGCUCACUACUAGUUCGAUCGCUCUUCCUGUACCUCGACCACCUGGAUUUUUCUUCCGAAGCAGGCAUGAACAAGUAGGGAGAGCAGAUCAAGCUAUGGAUAUGUCUACUCUCUGUUCCGUUGAUGAUGCGUCUAUUACUAGUGUAGCUCCUCGUUAAACAUAAAAAGAAUAUAUCAGCGUAGAAGUUCUGAAUAUGAUUGAAGACUCAUAAAGUAUUGCGCAGCGACAAUGAACAAAGGAUUCAUCCAAGCUACGCUGUUUCCCUUUUUCGUUGUUUUUGUGCCUGGAAAGUAAGUUAAUGAUACUCUAUUUUAUAGUUUGGUUUCCUUCAACAUGAUUCAUAUAAGUGAUCUGAGGAUGAUUGACUCAUUGAUAAUUUGGGAGGUUUAUCUCCAAUUUCGCCCGAGGGAAAAGAAAAGUAUAUUUCCAAGCAUAUGUUUUCAACAACAGAAAGCGUGGUUUGGCGAUGAUCUUUCUGUCAUAUAUCUCAACCAGACUCCAUUGUUCCACAAGUAAAUUUGAUGUUACUGUAAUUUUCUUCAAAUUGAUUUGUAUAGCUUAAAUGUUACCCAUAAAGUCAUCAGGUAUGAAAUGGAAAAAAGUAGGAAUACG